CUAAUGUCUCCCUUCAACUGUCCUUCUGUCCGCACUUGACCUCGUAUCUUGACCCGCCUAGAUCCGAGCUGCAGCUCCCAUAUACGCAUGACAUCCGAGGGCCCAGGCCAAAACGAGAGUCGUCGCACUCACAGAAAGUCCAAGGCAGGCUGCGUCACCUGCAAGAAGAGGCAUGUCAAGUGCGACGAGGCUCGCCCUAGGUGCGCCAAGUGUGCCUUGGGAAACCGAACCUGCUCGUAUGCCUCGACGCCUCACCAAGGCGGACUGAGCCCCAACGUCGCCGGCGCCGUUAUUGCAAGCACGAGCGCGAGCAACAGCCCGGCGCUCACUUCAUCAUCUACCGAUCUGCUUACGGCGGCAGCGCCAGUUGGUACGGAGCCAACCGCUCGCUAUGAUGCCGUCCACAUGACUCUUCUCCACCAUGUCAUCCUCAACAUGGGAAGCUAUAUGGGAGUGAGCGGUGACAUGAGCCCGGUGCUGGAAACUGCUCUUGAGAGCGCGCACACCGCUCCCUACUGCCUCGAUCAAUUGCUUGCCAUGAGUGCUUUAUACCAAUCUACCACAGCGCAAGCACGCAAGCAUCUCUACAUCAGGUACGCCACAGAACUGCAGACGCGUGCCUUGGGUCAGUUCCUCGAAGCGCGUGAGAAUAUCAGCGAGUCAAACUUCAUGCCCGCCUUCCUUUUCACCUCCCUUGUCGGAGUUCACGUCCUACACAAUACUUUCAGGGACCAUCAAAAUAACCUCGGCGAGUUUGUUAGCGCGUUUGUAGAUUACGCGCGGGUUCAUCGGGGAAUUCGCGCCGUGACGGCCGAUUACUGGGACCAAAUUCUUGUCUCAAAUUUGGCCUCCCUUCUGGGCAUCGUGGAGCUUGGUAACAGAAUUGACCACCUGGAAGCCGGGACCGAGACCACUAAGCUGCGUGAACAGUUAGAAUCACUGCCAGACUCCUCGAUGAUGCCGGUUACUGCAUCUAUUGAUGCUCUGAAGCGGAUGCAAUGGGUACUUGAUCUUGCAAACCACAACGCUCAAAGCUUCGGUAACAGAAUCCAGGCCAUCCUAGCCUGGCCGAUCAUCAUUUCAGAUGAUUACAUUGAUGCGUUACAUCUACGCAAUCCCCAGGCAAUGGCUGUCUUGGCUUUCUACCUUGCUUUUGUGUACGAAAUUCGAUCGUUUUGGAUCUUCGAAUCUUGCGGGGCUUCUCUUAUCGAAGCACUAGCAAGUUAUCUUGGACCGUUUUGGAAGGAAAGCAUGAGUUGGCCGUUGUCAAAUAUUCCUGGAUCUUGAUGCAUCCUUUUCAUACAAAGCUCUCACGUGGCGUGCCUGGUGACUGGAGAGGUAACGCGGUGCUUCGUAGAUCAUCUCAGCAUCACGUGUAAGGGGGCUGUUAGGCAAUAACUACAUUACCGAUUUCUCAGCUUCGUACAAAGGCUAAUAAAGGCUUCCUGCUCUGAUUUUGCUUCAAUUCAAACCCUGGCAUGCGCAUACACAGCUUCCAUAACGCGAUGAAUGUACAAAGUUUCUGACGAAGAUCGCUAACUCGGAUGCAUCAGAAAUUUAUGAGGUCUAUCUAGUCUAUAAUGUACAAGCAUAU